CCGUGCUCAGCCCCACGCCGCUCAAGCCGCCGCGCGCCAACGUCACCGACAUCGUCAUCGAGGGCUCGCUCGAGUACACCGACGCGGACACCGACUACCACGCACUGACGCAGAUAUCGACGCUGGAAUGGAUCCGCGCUACUAUGGACUGGUACGCCAACUCGUGCAACUACUCGCUGUCCACGAAAGGGGUACGCCAACUGUUCGACUACCCCGACGACUUCCGUUUCGACCUCAUCGUAAUCGAGGGGUCGGGCGGUGAAUGCCUCCUGGGCUUCGUGGAGAAGUUCGGACGACCUCCCGUCGUAGCCAUCAACGGCUUCGGCAACCCGCAGUGGCUCAACUGGAACGUUGGCAACCCUGACCACCCGGCCUACGUGAGCAACUCGCAGCUCACCCUACGAUGGCCCUUCUCCUUCACCGAUAAGCUAAAAAACGUCCUAAUGUACCUCGCCACGCUCUACCACUAUUAUGCGGAAUUUUUGCCGGCCAACGACCGCAUGUUACGCACGUACUUCGCAGGGGCGGUGGCGUCGAGGGCGGCGCCGGUGGCGGAGACGCUGGCCAACGUCUCCGUGGUGCUGGUGAACGCCCACCACAGUCUGGACGGCGCGCGGCCCUUCGUACCAGCGCUCGUGCCCAUCGCAGGCAUCCACAUCAAACAGCCCAAGCCGCUGCCCAAGGCAAGACUCACACUCCGACUGCGUUCUGUAGAGGAAAUGGUUCGUGAAUUUGGAAACUGCGGUGUCGCAGGAUCUGCAGCAAGUUCGCUAGGACGGCGCGACGGAGGGCGCGGUGUAACUUCGCUGGGGUCGCUGGUGGCAGGCGACGCCUGGGGGGCGCAGCAGAGGGACGCGCUCGUGGGGCGUUCGCAGAGCGGCUGCCACCGCGGGGUGCGCGUGCUGUGGAAGUGGGAGAGCGACCGACCCCGCCGCCCUGGCUGCCUGCGGCCAAUCGUUGCGGCGCGGCAAGUGGCUGUGCCGGAGAGCCGAAUC